CGAAUUAUCAAUCCGAGAUUACGGUUAGCAAUCUGAAAUCACGGAUUUGUCAAUCCGAGAUCACGGAUUACUAAAUUUUUGUAUGUGUCCCUUUAUGGUUUCCGUAGUUAUACCACUACACCAUUUUACCAUUUGUUCACAAAACGUUAAAACAAGAUAAAUUAUUUACAAGACUGAUAUAACAAGCCCAUAUAAGUAACACAAAUGAUGGAGUAUUUGUACUUUUUGAGAUGGUCUCCACAUCAUAUUGUAUAUGUCAUCUUCCAUCCAACACGAGCGCCAGCAGUCGUAUCGACUUUUCUAACACGUCUAAUAUUACCGAUUGCUCUGAGAUUAAAUGACCAACAAUUAACGAACAUAUCAAUACGUAUUCUUACUAUCAGAUCUUUAACUGAGUUAAUCACGAAAUAUGGAAGUACAAGUGUACUGGUAACGAUAAGGAUAUGUGUCCUGUAUUGUAAUUAUAUACGUAUCACUUUAUGUAACAUGUGUAAGAUAAGGAUUGUCAUCGGGUUGUUGAAUCUAAGGUAAGUAUAAUAACUAACUCGUAUUAAGCGUUUGUGAAAUAAAAUAUUUUUCAUAAAAAUUGAUUCAGCUUUAUUAUACAAUUUGAAAAAUUUGUCUGUUAUAAAUUUUCUUCUCUAUCUAGAUAGUGUUUGUAAAUAAAAUCUAGGUAAAAUGCGGGAACUAAUUUAGAACGAACUUACUUUGGUUAAUCAUACUUUUGACCUUCUGACGCUUAAAUAGUCACGUUCUUAAAUAGUAGAUAAGACAAGUGGAAUUUCAUGUUCAUUCACAAAGAAAUUUCAUUACAAGGUAGUCACAAUGAAACUAGCUCUAGCAGUGUGUUGUGUGUGUAUUUUCUCUGUCUGUAAUGGACAAAACUGGGGUAGUAUCUUGUCUAGCUGGGGGUGUCGUUCUGUACAGAAACAAGACUGUUUCACUUAUGGCGACCAUCCUGAAUGUGGAACAAACGGAGUAACUUACAGAAAUCGAUGCGACUACUCUAAGGCCCACUGUGCUGACAAAAACAUCCAUGUUGCUUACAUUGGCGCAUGCUCAUCGACAACCGUUCCCCCUACCGGAAGUUCUGGUGGUGGACAGGUUGGUACCGGUCCAAUCAUCUCAGGCCCUGAUGCUGUAUUUGAUUUCUUUUGUUUACAACUGAGUCACAUUCCAUGCGAAAAUGACCUUGAAACAAUCUGUGGUUCCGAUGGCGCAACCUACAUCAAUUCAUGCGAGUUCGAGAAACAACGAUGCACACACAGAGAGCUGACCAUUGCUAAAUUUGGUAUAUGUUGACCACUGUGACAGAAUAUCUUUUGUUCAAUAUUUUAAAUUAAAAUAUCUGGUUUUAAA